UCCAGGCAGGACUGACAGCAUUCACCAACCAGGAGUAAAGCUGGAGGGUGAAGUCAGUCCUGCCUUCCUGACCCUGUCACCAGCAGCUGCGCUUCCUUCUGCAGAUCUGCUGUCGCCAUGAAGGCGACCUUCUCAGUUGCCGUCCUUGCUCUAGCCAUCUCAGCCUGGACCUCUUUUGCAGUUGAUUUCCCCCUUCCUGUGAGCUUUAGCAUGACCAUGGAUGUCCUACAAGAGACAAAGGCCUUGUGCAGGAAGAAUGUAAGGAAUUGCUGGAUCCUUUCCUACUUCAGCCCCAGUGAGCCUAUAUGUGGCACUGACCAGGUCACCUACGGCGGUGAGUGCCAUCUCUGCUACUUAAUUCUGUGA